UAUAAAAUCUAUAUACAUCUAUAAAAAUAAAAUAAACAUCAAUGCACAUUCGAAUAAACCGCCAUCCUUAGCACGCGAACGUAGUACUAGAUGGCGCUACACAGUUUUAGCUGACAGUGGGUAUUGCAGAUUGCGUUCUAUGGUAUGUUUUGUGACGCCAUUUUUUAUGCGUAGAUUAGAUUGGCUUUAUGGCAGUUUUGUUACGCGAUUUUAGUGUAAUUUAUGUUUUGUGAUUUAAAUAAUUUACCUAAAUGUUAUUAUACUACCUAUAUAUAAUAAUUAUAGUGAUGUUUUGAAACAAAGGUUGAAUAAAAAAGCAAAGCAAACGUUGGUUUCGGCGAAAUAUUGUGUGUAAAACUAAGAUUUUUUCAAAAAUGGGCAAAUAUACCAUAGUGGAAUUUGAGGACGGACUGCAACUAGUUCCCACCAUAUGGAUAACAAACAACAUUUGUAGCUGGCCAAAAUGCCCUGUACAGAUAGAAAUAAACAAAGCAAUUGAAGCUGCCAAGGCUCCGCAAGCUAAUUGGACCACUUAUAGAAUCUUAAAAGUCUUUGGAAGUGCAGAUUCAUAUGUCGAUGGAAUUCGUAAACUAAAAUUAGCUGAAAAGUUUUCCGACGUGGACAGCAACUCGGAUAUAGAGACAUCAAAAAAGAAAAGGCAGAGUAGGGCUAAAAAAAUCAUCUAUUCUGAUGAUGAUGCCGAAGAUCAGCAACCACAACGGAAGUCAAACAUUCUUCCCCCUCCUCCACGGCCUGUUACUUUAAUUAAAAAUAUAACUGUAUCAAAAAUAGCGCCUAGUUCAGAAAAUAUAGAGGUGCCGCAGUGGACCCAGAAUGCAUUAGAUGUUGACGAGGAAGAAUAUUCUGAAGUUGAAAACACUUUAAGCCAAAGUUUUGAGGCAUCAGUGCAAAGAAAUACAAAUAUUGUCAAACAUGUAAAUAAAAUAGAAACUAAAGCAGACACAGAUCCUCAUCUGCCCAUGAUAUUAAGAAAACUGAACGCAAUAAGCCUUAAAAUAGAUAUGGUGAGGGAUGAGGUAAGAUCACUUAAAAUUGACAAAGAAAAUGAUCCUAAAGAAGCUGGUAGUGAAAUAGAUUUUGAUAUUCCCCUAAGGAGCAUGGACCAACUAGAGCAAAUGGAGCGAGAAGUAGAAAAUUCAGAAUACUACAAAAACCUGGUUACUUUUUUAAAAGGUAUUGGUAAAGGAAAUUCCAUAAACGAUGCUACAACCAUGAUUUUAAAACGACUAUUUAUAAAUGAAUUAGCUGUGAAGUUUACAUUUGGUGGACACAAAAAGAAUAAAAGGUGCUUUAAGGAACUCUGCCUCCACAAAAUUGUUUUAAAAGUUGUGCGUCUCCAUUUCAAUCAAAGUACUGAACAGGAAAUUAACAAGGCAAUAGAAAAAUGGUUAAUUCAAGCAAACUUAAGGCUAACCAGAGAACAAGCGAAACAAAACGACACUAUUGCUGAAUGAAAACUAUUAAUGAAGUCAAGUACCCCCACAGCGAAAAUACACAAUUAUUUUAUAUCUAGAAAACUAGGAAGAGCCAUUUUUGAUAUGCGUUCCUUAUCUUUUAUUUAGGUGUGCAUUGACCCUAAGACAUGAGAUUUUUUCGUUUCUUUUAAUUUUUAUAUUUUUAUAUUUAUGUCCAAAUUCGUUUAUACAUAAUUAAUGUUAUUUUUUUUGUUAAGCCAUGCUAGACUACACAAUUUGUCGGGUUCCUCGAUCUGCAGAGCGACCUGGUUAGAUUGGGUGUUGUAAACGUGUCGGGUCGAUUUUUUAGUUGAAAACCAUUAACAUCCAAAUUAAAAUAGUUUUAAAAUUUAAAUGUCAAUGUUUUUAAUGUAAAAAUCGGCCCGACACGUUUACACCACUCAAUCUAUAGAUAUAAGAUCCCUUUGCAGAUCGCCGGAUCCGACAAAUUGGGUUGUCUAGCCCAGCUAUGUUAAGAAUACGAAAUUUUGUUUUUGCGUUCCUUAUCUCUUAUUUAGGUGUGCAUUGACCCUAAGACAUGAGAUUUUUUCGUUUCUUUUAAUUUUUAUAUUUUUAUAUUUAUGUCCAAAUUCGUUUAUACAUAAUUAAUGUUAUUUUUUUGUUAAGCCAUGCUAGACUACCCAAUUUGUUGGGUUCCUCGAUCUGCAGAGCGACCUGGUUAGAUUGGGUGUUGUAAACGUGUCGGGUCGAUUUUUUAGUUGAAA